AUGAGUUUGAAAGAAGAUCUUAAUGAGAUGACGGAGUUCCUCUUAAAAAUCGAUGGUGGAAUUACUGAUCAUAAUAAAAAAAUUGAUGCAAUUCUUCAAGAAGUAUUAUUGAUCAAGUCGCAAAUCCAAUCAAACUCUAAUCAAAAUGAAACUAUUCCAUUAUUAACCGGUCAAAUUCAAGCAACUCAAAUUUCUCCAAAUGAAUUUGAAGAACCUAUCAGAAGGGAAGUAUGGGAUCAAGAUCCAAUUUUAAGAAUUACUAUUACAAAGUUAUUCUUAGAAUUACAGGAGUUGGCAGUAAAAUUGUGA